CCGGUUCCAUAAGAUUGUUGUUGCUGACCCCAUGGAUCGAAUUAGUGAUUUACCAAGUCAUUUGAUUGAUUUUAUUCUACAACGCUUGCAAUUGCAAGAUGUGGUUAGAACGAGUUUAUUAUCAAGUAAAUGGAGAUAUAAGUGGACUUCUGUCCCCAAACUUGAUUUUUCAAAUGAUUUUUUUCAAAAGUGUAGGGAUUUAGAACUUCAUGAAGUUUCAAGUACUAUUACAGAAAUUCUUUUGAUUCACGAUGGACCAUUAGAUGAGUUUGUUCUUUGCAUUCCCGAAAAUGUGCCAAUCAAAAUUGAAUCCCUUAACAAGUGGAUUCUUUGUUUAUCAAGAAAAGGGAUUAAAGAACUUGAGCUUUGGAACCUUCAAACAGAUCCUUGUGAAACACCAUCUCAUAUCUUCUCUUGUCAGGGAUUGACGUAUCUUCAACUUCAGAAUUUUAAAUUAUCAACUGUGCCUAAUUUUUCUAGCUUUAAAAGUUUGGUUUACCUUAUCUUAGUUGAUAUUAUAUUUGAGUCCAGUGCAAUUGAUCUUAUGUUUGGUUGUCCAUCACUUGAGAUGCUCUCCAUUUCAUACUGUUCUGGUUUUGAGUGUAUCAAUGUGUCCUCUCCUGCUCUCGAAGUCUUACAUGUACAAGGUGAACAAGUUAUCAAGUCAAUUUAUUUGGAGAAAGCUAAAAGAAUGACUGAUGUUUCACUCAUGGCUGAUAAUCCUGGGGAUAACUUUGACAUGGAUACAAUAUCAAAUUUGAUCAAAGGCUUGUCGGAAGUUGAAAGCAUGUGUUUCACAGAAGGUUACAUUCAGAUCUUUUCCACAGCUUAUACCCUUCCAAAGAGUUUGCAAAAACCACUCAACUGCUUAGAAUCUCUAGAAUUGGAAGGUGUGAAUUUCGACGAUACAACAGAGCUUCUGUUUGUUAUUUCCCUACUUAAAAGUUCUCCAAACCUAGAGAAACUUUUUAUACAGGGUAAUUAUAUCGCUGGCGUGGAUCUGCCACAAAUAUUGGAGAAGUCAAAGUACAAUGGUUGUUGCCUUAGUCACCUUCUGACUGUGCAUAUAAAAGCUUACAAACCCUGUGAGAAUACAAUGAACUUCAUACGUUUUUUGCUGGCUAAUUCCACAUCAUUGGAGCUCCUUACUUUCUACAUUGUUCCUGCUCAUGAUCAUCAACAACAUCAAUAUUCCAUAUCUAGUGUUGGACGAGAACUGAAACAAAUGGCACGAGCUUCAAAAAGUGCAGUAGUUGAGUUCAUUGAUUUAUCAUUUGAUUGAUUGGUGAUUGUAUUUGUUAUCAUUCAAUCCCCAACUCCUCCUCAUCUCUUGCUUUGUUCUAUUGUAACUUUUGCUAGUUACACACAACUCUUUCACACCCUCUUAAAGUUGAAUUAUUGUUUUUUUUUUCA